GAAGAUACUUAUUUUAAUUGGUUCGGCAACAACGUUCAAUUUGUGUACUCACUAUUCCCACAGGGAUCAGCUGCCAACAACAAAAAUAUUUUCUCUUCUCCUCGGGAAAUGUUAUUUUCCUUUAUCCGACUCCGUAUCACUCUCGUGGUUGUUUUCGACAGUGCUGUUCUGCAGCUGAUUGGGUUCACAUCGGAAGAAAAAAGGCCAAACAAAGAGACUUCGUUGUUCAGUGUGAAAAACCACAACAAAGGAUUACUGAAGUUAAACACCGAAAGGGUAGUGUUUUGGAGAAUAUAAUUUUUCAAUUACUCGUUUUUGGUCAGGAGUUUUCUGAACUACGACUGCUACAGGCCUACAUAUUUUUUCUAGCGUAAACAUUUCCUAACGGACAUCAGCUUCGAGAAUGACGGAUAGUUCCGAACGUGCUGAACCUGGGCCGUCGACUACGCCACCAUCAACACCGACGAAACACGAUGAGGAACCCCAAGAGGAAAGCUCGGAAACCAAUCAACAGACGACUGCUUUGGAACCGCAAAAUCCAAGGCUACUAUCGUCGCUGUACAGUUUUCUCGUCAUCGUCAGUAUCUUUCUAGUAGGCUUUGCUGCGUUUCGAAACACGUUGACAUGGCACUUACAACGCUUCUGGGGUGCAUCCGGUGAACUAUGGCAGUCCCAAUGGGAUCGCUUCAUCGAUUUCACGGGUGAAGAUCCUGCCACCCUGUGGGUUCUGAGUACCACGAUCUUCACGAUGUUUGUAUACUGGUUUUUCGGAGGGAUCUACACCAUGUUUGAUGUGACCUGCAAACCGGCUUGUAUUCGACGGUACAAAAUGCAACCGGGCACAAACGAACCGGUCGAUCGCACCCGCCUGAUGAAGGUUAUCGCUACGGUUCUGAUGAAUCAAACCGUCGUCGGUAUUCCGAUGGCCGUGGUGAUGUACCAGGCAAUGCGCCUACGAGGUCUGAAUGAUCUGCGAGAGCUGCCUACAUUCCACUGGGUUCUGGCUGAAUUGGCUUUCUGUAUCUUCAUCGAGGAGAUUGGGUUUUACUACGCACACCGGCUGUUGCACAAUCGACAUAUCUACAAGUUCAUCCACAAGCAGCAUCACGAGUGGACCGCUCCGAUUGCCAUCACCGCCAUCUACUGUCAUCCGAUUGAGCACGUGUUUAGCAAUCUGGUGCCACCGUUUUUGGGCAUCUUCAUGCUCGGUAGCCACGUGGCCGUUGCUUGGUUGUGGUUUACUCUUGUCAUUCUGUCGACGUUGAAUGCCCACUCCGGGUACCAUUUGCCGUUUUUCCCCAGUCCGGAGGCGCACGAUUUUCAUCAUUUGAAAUUCAACCAAUGUUUCGGAAUCCUCGGUGUGCUGGAUCGCCUGCACGGAACCGAUACUUUGUUCCGCAAUACCAAAGCCUACGCCCGGCACAUCAUGAUGUUAAGCUUUAUGCCAGCACGGGAAGCAUUCCCAGAACCGGCAAAGAAGGCCUUCUAAAGCUACAAACCAAUGGACCGCGUCGCCGGCCCUACGAUGAUGAAAGACCUACCCUAAAUAAAACAGAAUACUACAGUCAAAUCAGUCAUUACAACAAAGCAGUUUAUCUCUAAUUGGUCGUUUUUUGAACAAAAAAAAUAAAGUAAAA